GUCACCAUGGCCGAGUUUGGAGAAUUCAUGAAAAUUCUGGGGGAGUUUGGGCCAUAUCAGAAACUGGUGAUAUUGUUCAUCUCCCUCCCACUGCUGCUUAAUCCUUUCCAAAUGGUUGGCCAACAGUUCAUGGUGCUGGAUGUGCCACACCACUGUGACACCAGCUGGAUCCGUGCUGUCGGCCCCAACUUGACGGAGGAAGAGCAGCUGAACCUCAGCCUGCCCCGAGGUGCGGAUGGGGCAUACGAGCAGUGCCGCAGGUACUCACCGGUGGACUGGGACCUGGACUCCAUCAGGACCUAUGGGCUGAAUGCCACAGAGGAGUGCCGCAGUGGCUGGGUGUACCCUGCAGGACAGCCACCGUCCCUGCUCACCGAGUUUGACCUGGUGUGCAACAGGAAGAACCUGAACGACAUCUCCCAGUCUAUCUAUAUGGCAGGGCUUCUCUUUGGAGCCAUCAUCUUUGGGGCACUAAGUGACAGGAUCGGCCGCCGGCCAGUCUUCCUGAUCACCAUCUCCCUCCAGGGCUUGUUUGGCGUAGGAGCUGCUUUUGCACCCCACCUCUAUGUGUACAUGGCCUUCAGGUGUGUCGUGGGGGCUGCAGUGUCAGGAAUUCUGAUUACUGCCUUGACCUUGGCUACAGAAUGGGUUGGUGUCUCCUCCCGGCCCAAGGCAGUGCUUAUCAGCCACUGCUUCUCCGCUGUCGGACAGAUGGCUUUGGCUGGAGUCAGUUAUGGAGUUCGCAACUGGAGGCUGCUGGAGAUUGCAGGAAAUGCUCCAAUGUUUAUUCUGUUUUUCUACAUCUGGGUGCUACCAGAAUCAGCUCGGUGGCUGGUAACAAAAGACAGAAUAGAAGAAGCCAAGAAGGUCCUUCAGAAAGCAGCAUCCUUCAACAAGUGCACCAUCCCUCCAGAGCUCCUUGAGCAGCUGAAGGCUGAGAAACAGACCAAGUCUGGAAGCAUUCUGGACCUCUUUCGGAACAAGCACCUCCGGAAGGUGACUUUGAUCAUGUCGCUCACCUGGUUUGCAGACAGUCUUGUCUACUAUGGGUUGAGCCUGAAUGUGACAACUUUUGGUCUGGACAUCUACCUGACACAGCUUGCCUUUGGGGCAGUGGAGUUGCCAGCUCGACUGUCCUGCAUUUUCCUGCUUGAGUGGUUUGGGAGGAAGAAAACCCAGGCUGUGCUCCUGCUGCUGUCAGGCUUGAUGUGUCUCAUCAUCACUGGCAUCCCUGAAGACCAGUCUGUGGUGAUCACUGUCCUGGCCAUCAUUGGCAAGUUCACAGCCACAGCCUCCUUCUCUAGCUCCUAUGUCUAUACCGCAGAGCUCUUCCCCACAGUCAUCAGACCGACUGGAGCAGGGCUAUGCUCCAUGUCAGCACGGAUUUCAGGGAUCAUGGCCCCCCUGAUCCGUCUCCUGGGUGAAUUCCACCAGGCCAUUCCCAUGGCUCUCUUUGGGAGUCCCCCUGUGCUUGUGGGGCUGCUCUGCUUCCUGCUGCCUGAGACACGAGGCAAUGAGUUAGCAGACAACACAGGAGCAGCCACCCCACAACCAGGCAGCAAGAUUCUGGAAGAUUUGUCCAAGAAAGACAUCACAGAGGAUGGAGCAGACUUGAAGAAGGACAUAUAUACAAGUUUAGAGACAAAGUUAUGA